AAAAAAAUACAUAAAAUGUCUACAACAAGCUGUCGUUUCUAUGAAAAUAAAUAUCCAGAUGUUGAUGAGUUAGUAAUGGUUAAUGUAAAACAAAUACAAGAAAUGGGGGCAUACGUACAACUUUUAGAAUAUAAUAACAUAGAAGGGAUGAUUUUAUUAUCAGAAUUAUCUCGUAGAAGGAUUCGAUCAGUACAAAAACUAAUCCGAGUUGGACGAAACGAAGUUGUUGUAGUUCUUCGAGUAGAUAAAGAAAAAGGAUAUAUUGAUCUAUCUAAGCGGAGGGUAAGCCCUGAAGAUAUAAUUAAAUGUGAAGACAAAUUUAAUAAAUCAAAAACUGUUCAUUCUAUUUUAAGAAAUGUUACAGAGAAGCACUCCAUUCCUCUUGAGGAAUUAUAUAUGUCAAUUGGAUGGCCUUUGUAUAGAAAAUAUGGGCAUGCUUAUGAUGCGUUUAAAUUUGCAAUUGUGGAUUCAAAUUCUGUCUUUGAAGGACUAACUCCUUCAAAUCCUCAAAUUAUAGACGAUCUUAUUACACAAAUUACUCGUCGGUUGACUCUUCAGGCAGUUAAAAUAAGAGCCGAUGUGGAAGUAUCAUGUUUUGAAUACGAAGGAAUUGAUGCUGUUAAACGAGCCCUCAAAGCAGCAGAAGCAAAAAAUUCUAAAGAUGCUCUUAUUAAAGUUAAGCUUAUAGCUCCUCCACUUUAUGUUAUUAUUACAAGUGCCUUGGAUAAAAAACUAGGAAUCCAAAUUCUAGAAGAGGCAUUAGAAGAAAUAGAAAAAAGCAUUACUGCAUCCGGCGGUGAAUUUGUUGUAAAAAUGAAGCCAAAGGAUGUCAAUGAGGUCGAUGAAUUAGAACUUCAAGCACUAAUGCAGCGUAUGGAAUGGGAAAAUGCUGAAAAAUCAGGUGAUGAAGAUGAAAGCGAUGAAGACUAA